CAGGUCUGGGGGCGGGGCUUGAACCAGUUUCUGAACCAGCUUCUUCGGCCGCAGGUCCUCUGAGUGCUGCAGUGCUUCCCUGCCGUCUGUUUUGGUUCCCUGCCACCCUCCAGUUUCCAGCAUGCCUGGUCCGACCCCCAGUGGCACUAACGUGGGCUCCUCAGGACGCUCUCCCAGUAAAGCAGUGGCCGCCCGGGCGGCGGGUUCCACGGUCCGGCAGAGGAAGAAUGCCAGCUGUGGAACAAGGAGUGCAGGCCGCACGACCUCAGCAGGCACUGGGGGGAUGUGGCGCUUCUACACGGAGGAUUCGCCGGGCCUCAAAGUUGGCCCUGUUCCAGUAUUGGUUAUGAGUCUUCUGUUCAUCGCUUCUGUAUUUAUGUUGCACAUUUGGGGCAAGUACACCCGUUCAUAGAUUGGGCUACAUCCAUCUGUCUGUCAUCUGAAGAAGGAAAAAAAAAACCCCAAUAUAUCUUGGACCAAAAGCAUAGUGAUUUUCUGUUCAUGAGAAAGAAAUUUUCUGUAAGCUUUCUGUUUUACAGGGAACUUAAUGAGAAUUGAUUUUAAGGAAUCGGUUUUUUUGUAUGGCUAAUAAACUUUUUAAUUCAUUUAUACCAAGUCUGUUGAUGCCUGAC